AUGGCGGAGCCCGGGCCGGGUGGGAGAGGGGCGCGGCGGCGGCGGCGGCGGGGGGCACGGGACCGGGGGGCACGGGAGCGGGGGGCACGGGAGGGGGCGGCCGAGGAGCCAGCCGGGGCCGGCGGGGGGCUGAUGCGGGCCCCCGCCCUGCCCCUGCCCCUUCUGCUGCCCCUGCUGCUCCUCCCGGUGCUGAGCGCCCUGCUGCUGGCCGCCGGAGCGGGACCCCACCCCGGACACGGACACGGACACGGACCCGGACCCGACCCCGAUUUGGCCGAAAGGAAGAUCUCAGCAUUGAAGAUGGAUCAGGCUUUGCUGCUCGUCCACAGCGAAUCGCGCCAUAAGAAUGUGACGGUCUACUGGCUCUCUGAUCAUUGUUACCAGUGUUUAUAUCAAGUUCUUGUAACGCUUCCCAAGAGCCCAGAACUGGGAAAACCUAGCAUUGAAGCUGUUGCUGUGAAUACCCAGCACCCGAUUAUUCUGCAACUUAAUGAUACCGUGGAAGAAAGAGAAAUUUGUAGGCUACACUACAGCUUCGGAGAAUUUGGAAACUAUUCUCUCUGGGUAAAAUAUCAUCCUGAUGUUGCUGAUGAAAUUGCCUGUAACAUAGUCGUCAAUAAAGAUCCGAUCAGCACUUUCUUCCCUAUCUUGGUUGCAUUUCUUAUUUACAUGGCAAUUCUCAUUAGCAUGACCCUAGGACAUUUCUUUGUGAAACUUGAUCCUGUCCGGAAUUGGCUGUACAAAAAAAUGAAUCCCAGGGAAACGGACCGUCUCAUUAAUUCCGAGCUUGGCUCUCCAACCAGGGCAGAUCCCUACAACAGCGACCUACAAGCUGAAGUCUGGAGAUCCCCCUCACCGCAGCGUCUUCGUUCCCUAGAUACAUUCAGAGGGUUUUCUCUCAUCAUUAUGGUUUUUGUUAAUUAUGGAGGAGGAAAAUACUGGUUCUUUAAACACGAGAGUUGGAAUGGAUUGACAGUGGCUGACCUGGUAUUUCCAUGGUUUGUGUUUAUCAUGGGGUCUUCAAUUGCCCUCUCACUGAGUUCCAUGCUGCGGCGAGGUUAUUCUAAAUGGCGAUUGCUGUGGAAAAUUCUUUGGAGGAGUUCUCUGCUGUUCCUCAUAGGAGUCCUAAUAGUGAACCCCAAUUAUUGCCUUGAACCAUUGUCCUGGGAUCAGCUGCGAAUUCCCGGUGUACUUCAACGGUUGGGAUUUACCUACCUUGUGGUUGCCACUUUGGAACUCCUCUUUGCCAAAGCCGUGCCUGAGAACAAUACCCUGGAGAGGAGAUGUUGUUCUCUUCAGGAAAUCAUACCGUAUUGGCCGCAGUGGAUUUUCAUUGUGAUGCUGGAAGCAGCUUGGCUUUGCCUGACUUUCUUAUUACCAGUACCAGGCUGUCCAACGGGUUACCUUGGUCCUGGUGGGAUUGGAGAUUUUGGAAAAUAUCCAAAUUGUACCGGGGGAGCCGCUGGUUACAUAGACCAUUUGCUUCUGGGAGAAAAUCACAUUUACCAGCAUCCGUCUCCUAACGUUCUGUACCACACCAAAGUGGCCUACGACCCAGAAGGAAUCUUGGGGACCAUCAAUUCCAUUGUGAUGGCAUUUUUGGGAGUUCAGGCAGGAAAAAUACUCUUAUUUUACAAAGAUCAGCACCAGCAAAUAAUGCUUAGGUUCCUUACCUGGAGUGUUAUUAUGGGGCUUAUUUCUGGUGCUUUGACCGAAUUUUCACAAAAUGAAGGCUUUAUCCCAAUAAACAAGAAUCUCUGGUCCGUUUCCUACGUGACCACUCUGAGCUGCUUCGCCUUCGUGGCCCUGUUGCUGAUCUACUACUUUGUGGAUGUGAAGGGGCUGUGGUCCGGCGCGCCGUUCUUUUACCCAGGAAUGAAUUCCAUCCUGGUUUAUGUCGGACAUGAAGUGUUUGAAAACUAUUUCCCCUUUCAGUGGAAGAUGCGGGACAGCCAGUCACAUGCUGAACACUUGACUCAGAACCUGGUUGCCACCUCCAUCUGGGUCAUCAUUUCUGCAAACCAGAGUGGCCCGGUAGAAAGGGCACAGGCCUGGGAAUUACAAGACGUGGAUCCUAAUCCCAACUCCACCACAUGCAUGCCGUGUGACCUUGGGUGACUGCCAAGUCAGCCACCCCGCUUCGCACUCUCCACCUCUCCGGGCAGUUUGUUGUGUUGCCGCUACCGUGGCCGUGAUGACAGGGGAUCUGAAAAGCGGAGGACGUCCAAGAAGAAAAAGAUCCAUCUGACAAAAGCCCCAACCAGACCGCCAGGGCGGGACCCAACAGUGACAUUCAAGUAAGUGGCAGCGGGUCGCUGCAGUUUCCCUUCUGAUACUCAUAUGUCUAUCACGCCAGGUGGCAUGGUCAGCCUCUCCCACAGGGCAAGAACAGCAGCUGCUCUUUCAAUUAAUCAAUCAAUCCUAUUUAUUGGGCGCUUACUGUGUGCACAGCACUGUACUAAGCGCUUUCAACCUACCUCAGCCUCCUGUCUUGUCUGAUUCCUGUUCAGGAACUAGCUCUCUCUCCUUCCCUCCCCAAACUGCCAGGCAGCCUGGAUUCUGGGGCAUAUUCCGAAGAUGCUUCGGGAAGGGGCUGGAGCGAUGGCAAAGUUAGACUAUAAGCUCAUUACGGGCAGGGAACGUCUCUAAUUCUGUGGUUUUGUACUUUUCCAAGUGCUUAGUACAGUGCUCUGCACAUGGUAAGCACUCAAUAAAUACCUUUGAUUGAUUAUCGAUCAUCUGAGCCCGGGCCUGCUGGAGAGAGGGGGAUAAAGGAAGAGGUUGUAAGGCUUUACCUGCCCGAGGCACUGCUGUUUAACGUCGGGUGGAGCCUAGAGCAGCAUGUUUGUCCUGUGCAGAUUCAACCUUCAGAUGAAUUUCUGGUCUUGGAAAAUUAUCUUCCAAAAAAUGCACUUGCCAUCUCUCACCAAGGUCAUAGUGUUAUAUAUAACGACCUCAUUAGAUCUGAUGAAUCCCGAUGUCACGGCUGACUUCCAUGCUCACUCAGUCUGAACCAGCUGAACUCCGUCCUCUCACUGAACCUGUCACUUGAGAUGAAUGGAUCUGUUUUUCUAGCGCCUGGGUUAAAAGAGUACAGUCUUGUGCCAAAGAACAAAUGUGCUAAGGAAAGUGUGGCAAGCCGAUGUUUAGAUAGGAAGAUGUUAGAGGAUGCAACAGUCCAGAAUAAGAAAUGAUGUGAGGCUUGGGGCAUCCGUAACCAAGAUAACCAAAUAAUGUAUAAUUCCCAAACUCUGAAACUAAUUCUUUUAAAAGCUGUAAUGGAUCAGAUUUGUUUUGGUUAGGGUGUUCUCACAUGCGUUCAUUCAUGGACUGGAUUUUUCCACUGCCAGUAAAUGCCAUUUUAAUUCUAUCAGUAGAUAUUAGGGAAUACAAUAAUGUCUAAUUCCCAAACUCCGAAACUAAUUCUUUUAAAAGCUGUAAUGGAUCAGAUUUGGUUAGAGUGUUCUCACACGCGUUCAUUUAUGGACUGGAUUUUUCCACUGCCAGUAAAUGCCAUUUUAAUUCUAUCAGUAGAUAUUAGGGAAUACAAUAAUGUAUAAUUCCCAAACUCUGAAACUAAUUCUUUUAAAAGCUGUAAUGGAUCAGAUUUGGUUAGAGUGUUCUCACAUGCGUUCA